AUGCCGAAACUAUUGAGUUUAAAGAAGAAUAACAAAGAGGCUUCUAAUAAUCAGAGAGCUAUAACACAUUUUUUUAAAAAUUCUGAUAUUAAUGUGUCAGUUGUUGAUUGUGAAGAGGCAAGUAACCUGAAGACUUAUAAAUCACCUGAAAUUUCCCCAUCAAAAUCAGGCACAACAAUAAAAUCGAAAGAGCUAUGUGAAAAUGAUGUCAAUGAUUUAUUUGCUUAUGAGUGGGAUAUUGACAAUGUUCCAGAGGAAUUGUCAGAUAACCUUGACUUGACCACUAUGCAACGAUGGCGAUUUCACGUAAACAGCACAUCGGGGCUUAUAGUGUUUAGACCUGAUUAUUUGCUCUCAUCCACAAGCGUUGUUGCUGGAGUGUUCUGCCAAAGAAAGGCUGUUUUACAAGAGCGCUGGCGAGGCAUCGAUUCUGCCAACAUUGCGAUGACAGUUGGUAUUCUGAUACACGAAUUGGUACAAAAGGCGCUCACUGAGCGCAUCCUGAGUAUUGAGCUCUUGCGGUCAGAAACUGAUAAAAUCAUUAAGGAAUCUACGCAGAUGUUGUUUGAUGCCGGCCUUAGUGAAGAUGAAGCCCGCUCGAACAUGGAAAUGUAUAUAAUACCGCUUAGCGAAUUUAUGAAUAAGUACGUAGCUGAUAAGCCAAUUCAAAACAUGCAAACUGCUCAAAAUAACUGGCCUGGACGUAUAGAAAACGUUUUGGAUAUAGAGGAGAACCUGUGCUGUCCAAAAUUGGGUUUAAAGGGGAAAAUAGACGCCACAUUGGAAGUCACCAUUCAUGAACGACAAGGCAAGCAACGCUCAAUAGUUCCGCUCGAGAUAAAAAGCGGCAGAGCGUCGGGAUCCGUGGAGCACAGGGGGCAACUUGUGCUCUACGGGAUGAUGCUGAGCGUGCUGAGGGAUGAGGACCCCACUACGGCGCUGCAGCGGGGGUUGCUGCUCUAUUUGAAAGAACGUGUGGAGAUCCGGGAAGUGAGCUGUGGUUAUCCCGAGCGUAGGGACCUCGUAAUGCUGAGAAACCAGCUGGUGCAGUAUUUGACUACGAAGUCCGGCAGAAUGGACGAUGACAGUGACAUCGCGGAGGACAAGUUUCAAAGGCUACCAGAGCCGGUGCACAGAGAGACUGCAUGUGCCAAGUGCCCCUAUCUAACUGUCUGCUCUUUGCAUCUUUGGCAUACCGAGGGCCCGGUGGUGUCAAAGUCUCACCCGCUGUCGAAACUUCGCGAAGAGGCGCUGGGGCACUUGUCUCCGCAGCACAUUGAGUACUUCCUGCAGUGGACUCGACUUCUGAAGCUGGAAGAGAAGGUGCAAUCGGCCUCCGCGCCGCUUCACGCCUUGUGGACGGACAGCGUUGAGGAGAGAGUUAAGCGCGGUACGUGUACGGGGAACCUUAGAUUGCGAUCGGUUCAAUGUUCGGGCCACAGAUACCUGCAUGUCUUUCAACGCGAUCGUAACCCACUAGGAGAGCCCGCCGCGCGAGGCAGCAAAUCGAGCGGACCCCAAGAGGGCGAUUUCUCAAUAGUCAGCAUACACAAUCGCCCUUGGUUGGCAGCCGGCGUGGUGGUGAUGGCGAGCCACGGCGAAAUUAAAAUACUUCUAGAAAGGGACCUAAGCCUCCGUCAAAGCGGUGAUACUGCGUUCCAAAUAGACGCGUACGAGUCUUAUGCUAGCACAGUACAGAAUCUCACCAAUUUGGGCGUCCUGAUAGAAGACAGCGAACGCGCGAAACGGUUAAGAAGCAUAAUAAUAGACAGGGCGAGGCCGUCUUUCGUGGAGAAACUGCCCCGCGAAAUGCACCGUCUGGGGGCGAAGUUGAUGCGCAAACUGAACAUAGAGCAACAGCGCGCCGUUUUCAAGGCGAUCUCCGCAAAGGAUUAUGCCCUGCUCCAAGGACUCCCCGGAACCGGUAAAACUCAAACUGUGAGCGUUCUCAUACAAAUGCUGGUCGCGUUGAAGCAACGCGUCCUUGUUACUGCGCAUACCCACUCCGCCGUCGACACAGUCCUUUGCAGACUUCCAGAGUCGAUUAAGAUAAUGCGGCUGGGCACGUCCACUCGCGUGGCGCCGAGCCUGCUCAACAUUUGCGAAGAAAGGCUUACGUCUACCUGUCACAGUUCGGAGCAACUUUCACAGCUGUACGAGUCGAUGGAGGUCGUGGGUGUGACGUGUUUGGGAGCGGCGCAUGCGAUGCUGGCGCGCACUAGCUUCGACGUUUGCAUAGUGGACGAGGCGACACAGGUUUUACAAUGCACAGUGCUUCGACCAUUAUUUGCGGCGAAACGAUUCAUUCUUGUCGGUGAUCCGGAGCAACUGCCUCCUGUGGUGCGGAGACAUGCUGCAAGGCAAUUGGGGAUGGAAGAGAGCUUGUUCCAUAGACUGAUGACGGAAGCAGCCACAACCACACUGCAAUUGCAGUAUCGUAUGAACCAGGCGUUGGCGGACCUUGCCAACCGCAUUGCUUACAGUGAUCGAUUGAAGUGCGCAAAUCCAUCGGUGGCAAACGCUUGCUUAAACAUAGAUGUUGCGAAAAUUUCACCACUGUAUUCAUCAGAAUCACCUUGGCUUUUAACCGCCUGUAGCACUGAGCCUAAAUAUGCUGCCGUCUUCAUUAACCUAGAGUCUGUCACUUCAGAGGCAGAGAGUAACAUUCGAAGUAAAACCAUCUCGAAUUGGGAAGAAGCUUGCAUCGUACUAGCACUUGUUGAGGCAAUGAAAGAGGGAGGUGUGAAAAAUUCUGAUAUUGGAGUAAUUGCGCCAUACCGCGAUCAAGUGGCACUGUUACGUCGAACCUUGGCUCAUUUACAAGUGGAGGCCAGUACUGUGGAUCAAUUUCAAGGAAGGGAUAAAUCUGCUAUCAUAUACUCCUGCACUAAAAGAGAUGACGGUCAGAAAAAUAAAAUGGUGAAGGAAGAAGAAAUUUUAAAUGAUCAGCGCCGACUUGCCGUGAGCGUCACGCGUGUAAGAAAGAAAGUGGUCGAGAAGGAUGUUGAAGUGGGUCCAGCUCUGAUGUGUGCAUUCUACACCAUGGGUGCGCUGGACAGAUUGACAGUGGUACAGGUGGAGCUACUCUCCACGUCAUCUGCCACCGUAGUUGAG